AUGACUUGUUAAGAUUAUUGUGCUUUUUGUUUUUUUUCUGUAAUCAUGCAUAACUCUACUCCUUGUUCUGAUCCCCGUUAAUAUCAAAUUAAUUCCAUUCCCUCUCCAUCAAGCUCUUAAACUUGCCCCCCUCUGGCUCCCCCCGCGCGCUAUCGAUUUCCCUUUCUCGUUACCUACACUUUCCUUCACACUUCCUUCCUCGACCGCUAUUCACCUUACUUUACCCCCGGCCCCUCCAUCACUUUCACCUUUUCUUUAGGCCAUCAUGAACUGGCUCAAGUCAACCCUCGCGAGUGUUGCGGGUACGCAGGAACCGGUCUAUGGCCCUGAGGCUAUUCGAUCGGUUGCCCAACAAGCUCAAGAAGUGCCUUAUACCGAACUCGCCAAGGAGGAUCUGCGAUGGCGCGCCUACCAAUACACAAACGUGGAGACGAAGACCUUCUAUAUCAUGGCCGACAAUGGUACCUUGGUUUUUGUGCAGAUCAUCUACAGCAACAUUGUUGGCAUCCAUACUACCGCUCAGUUCAACGCGAAGAUCUUUAACCUAACUGGAGAUGCUGCCCAUAAGUGGUACUCUGAUCCCUUGUCCAACUUUAUGUUUGAUGAGAGUAUGCUUUCCUUUGGAGCCGACAACCUCUCCCUGACCCUUAGCGAGGAGGGUAACGCCUACACAUUGAAAUCCGCCGUGAACGAAGACUGUCUGGUGAACAUCACCUUCAACCGUUCCUCCCCCGGUUUCGUCAUUGGAAAAGAUGGUACUUCCUACUUUGGUACCGAUCCGCAGAACCCUUGGGGUUCCAUGAGCCAUGCCUUCUGGCCCCGUUGUGCUGUUGAGGGAACGAUCACCACCAAGGAGCAAACAUAUGACCUCAGAGGUCGUGGUAUGUUCAUUCAUGGUCUUCAAGGCAUGAAGCCGCAUCACGCUGCUGCGCGAUGGAACUUCAUCAACUUCCAGACUCCCACAUACACCGCCGUCAUGAUGGAGUUUACAACACCACCCUCCUACGGGUCGACCGUGGUCAAUGUCGGUGGUAUCGUUAAAGAUGGAGAGAUCAUUUACGCCGGUGUGACCAACUCGGCUACCCAUACCGAGGCGGCCCAGGAUCAGGAUAGCGACUGGCCGGAGCCGAAAUCCAUCAAGUGGGUUUGGGAAGGCAAGUCCAAGGAUGAGAAGUGUGUCCGUGCGGAAGUCGACGGCCCACUUGGCAGGAGAUUGGACCGUAUCGACGUCAUGGCAGAGGUGCCCGGCUUCAUCAAGACCAUCGCUGGUAGUGUGGCUGGCACGCGGCCGUAUAUAUUCCAGUACGCUCCCCAACAGAAGCUUACGCUGAAGAUGAAGAUCGGAGAUGAUGAAGUUACAGAAGAGGGUGUGAUGUUCUCCGAAUCGACAUUCAUCUCUUGAAUGACGCUACAUACAUAGAUCACUAUUUUCGGAGACUCCAUGGCGUUAUUGAGUGUUAAUCGUUGACUUUCCUACUGUUGCAGCUGAUAUGCAACACAAAACCCAACUCCUAAUAUCUAACAAACAUCAUACAAGAAUCUGUAAUGUUUCUACCUAAAUUUGUAUCUCAAUAUCAAUGUCACAUAUUUGAUGAGCACCUUGAAACCCACGCUUCCCCUGCUACCAUUUUGUGUUUCUCCGUGGAAAUUAUUCACUAUUAUUAUGGUCU